UAUGAACAUGGCGACCACGGUAAUGAAAGAGGUUGUGGUUUGUUCUACGUUAUUACGACAAUGCUGCUCACAGUGGAAAGGUUUCCCUCAAAUGAACGUUUUAAACAGUGCUUCUGUAAUUUCAGGUGUGCGAUUUUUUAGAGGAAGUAACAGAGACAAACGAAGACGAGAGAGAAAUUUAAGGCUAAAACUUAAAGAGCGAGAAGGAAUUCAGCCACUAGUUUUUGACAAAAAAGAAUUUUUCAGAAGAAACUUUGAAAGAGAGUUGUUUGCAUUCAAGAACAGACUGGGUUUAACUUUUCAAGAUGAUAACACGCUUAGAACGGCCUUGACUCACGAGUCCUACAAACAUAACGGUAGAAAAGGAUCAGUUCACACACAGGAGAAUAAUGGAAAACUGUCACUGAUUGGAGUCACAGCUUCUUCAUUAUAUAUUGUUGAUCAUUUGUGUAACACAUACCCCUCCCUACCCUGCUUAGGUGUAAGAUGUCUUCAUGAUUUUCUCAUGGGCAGAAGUACCAUUGUAAAGUUAUCAAAACUCAUAGCAUUGGCAGACCUGAUCAGAAUGGAGCAUGACUUAGAUGAACUUAACAAAGAGAAACAUCUGGAUUAUAGACAGGAGGAUGUCAUUUGUGAUGCAUUCUUCGCAUUUAUUGGAGCAAUUUAUAUUGAUCAGGGACCUGCUGAAGCAAGAAGAUUUGUAGAUGACUUUGUCAUUACUCAGCUUCAAGGAGAGGAACUUCAUAAAAUUCUUCACUUCCCAUCAGCAGAAAUAGUCCUGACCAAUAUCUUUAUAACAGGGGGAAAAGAAAAGCCUGUUGCAAGAGUAAUCCAAGAAAGUGGAGUGAAAACAAAUUUCCCAAUCUAUGUAGUAGGGGUAUUCUCUGAAGAGCAAAUGAUCUCAGAAGCUUCAAGUUACAAUUUGCUCACUGCUACACAUGAAGCUUGGAAGGCAGCACUAAUGAAAUAUUGCCAAGAAGGAAUGCUGAUGCCUUUCCCCAAAGAGCGUAAAAGUGUACAGAAUGUCUCAUGUUAAAGAAACCACCCUACUUGUAAAUACUGUAUUGUGAAAGGAAUCUUCCCUCAUAUUCCCUUAAAUAACAGUGCUGUGUUAAAUGAUUUCAAUUAUGAAAUCUUGGUAUUAAGAUGAAGAACACUUAAAAUGAAGAAUUCAAGUGUUGUCAUGACAAGAAUAAAGGAAUGGAAGUAAUGUCGUAAGGAUUGUGCAAAUAGAUAGAAAAUAGGGUGAUCUAUUCCAUACAAAGUGAAAAACAAAGUUCUGUCAACACUUCACUUUAAAAUACUGGAUUUCAACUCUUAACUUA